CCCGCACAGGCUGCCACCUAAUAAACCGCUAGGUUACGCCAGUCCGGUCGGGGUUGCGGCGGGGCGUGGGGGGCACAGAGCCUUGGCAGCCCCCACCGCGCAGGCGCUCCCGGGUAGCCCGACUGCGCAGGCGCCGCUUCCGCGCCAACAUGGCGGCCGUGUUGCUGCUGCUGCGUGCCCUCCGUCGGGGCCCGACUGCGGGGCCCGGGCGACUGCGGGGCUCCUGCUCGGGCUGGAGCCCAGGCCUCACCACCGAAGGCGGGAGGAGGUGCCAGCACUUCGUCUACAGGCCUCCGAUCCGACUCGCGGGCGCCGGAGGCCAAGCCAAGCAGAACUUGCAGUCGUGGCUGCUGACCCCUACCUGUGACAGGUUCCGGGGACUGUUGCUGAAACAGCAUCUCAUCCAGGAUCCAGUCAGACUCUGGAAACUCUUAGGUGGCACUUACUAUUUUAACACGUCCAGGAUGAAGCAGAAGACUAAGGACAAUGGUAAAUCCAAGGCGAGGACCCCUGAAGAUGACGAAGAGGAGAGGAGACGCAAGGAGAGAGAGGACCAGAUGUACCGCGAGCGGCUACGCACCCUGUUUGUCAUCGCCGUGGUCAUGAGCCUGCUGAACGCGCUCAGCACCAGCGGGGGCAACAUUUCCUGGAACGACUUUGUCCACGAGAUGCUGGCCAAGGGCGAGGUGCAGCGGGUGCAGGUGGUGCCCGAGAGCGACGUGGUGGAGGUCUACCUGCACCCCGGAGCCGUGGUGUUUGGGCGGCCUCGGCUGGCCUUGAUGUACCGGAUGCAGGUGGCAAACAUCGACAGGUUUGAGGAGAAGCUCCGAGCCGCCGAAGACGCCCUGAACAUUGAAGGCAAGGACAGGAUCCCCGUCUCCUAUAAGCGGACAGGAUUCUUUGGAAAUGCCCUCUACGCCUUGGGGAUGACCGCAGUGGGCCUGGCCAUCCUGUGGUACGUGUUCCGUCUGGCUGGGAUGACAGGACGGGAAGGAGGACUCAGUGCUUUUAAUCAGCUUAAGAUGGCUCGUUUCACGAUUGUGGAUGGCAAGAUGGGGAAAGGAGUCAGCUUCAAAGAUGUAGCAGGAAUGCACGAAGCCAAACUGGAAGUCAAAGAGUUCGUGGAUUAUCUGAAGAGCCCAGAGCGCUUCCUUCAGCUCGGCGCCAAAGUCCCAAAAGGUGCGCUGUUGCUCGGGCCCCCUGGCUGUGGGAAGACCCUUCUGGCCAAGGCAGUGGCGACGGAGGCCCGGGUGCCCUUCUUGGCAAUGGCUGGCCCGGAGUUCGUGGAGGUCAUUGGAGGCCUCGGCGCUGCCCGUGUGCGGAGCCUCUUCAAGGAAGCCCGGGCCCGGGCGCCCUGCAUCGUGUACAUUGACGAGAUCGACGCCGUGGGCAAGAAGCGCUCCACCACCAUGUCUGGCUUCUCCAACACGGAGGAGGAGCAGACACUCAACCAGCUCCUGGUGGAGAUGGAUGGAAUGGGCACCACGGACCAUGUCAUUGUCCUGGCAUCCACCAACCGAGCUGACAUCUUGGACAACGCUCUGCUGAGGCCAGGCCGACUGGACCGACACGUCUUCAUCGACCUUCCCACGCUGCAGGAAAGGCGGGAGAUUUUUGAGCAGCACCUGAAGAGCCUGAAGCUGACCCAGGCCAGCAGCUUCUACUCCCAGCGUCUGGCAGAGCUGACGCCGGGGUUCAGUGGUGCCGACAUCGCCAAUAUCUGUAACGAGGCCGCGCUGCACGCUGCGCGAGAGGGCCACACGUCCGUCCACACGUUCAACUUCGAGUACGCCGUGGAACGAGUCAUUGCCGGGACCGCCAAAAAGAGCAAGAUCCUCUCCAAGGAAGAACAGAAGGUGGUUGCGUUCCACGAGUCGGGCCACGCCUUGGUCGGCUGGCUGCUGGAGCACACGGAGGCCGUGAUGAAGGUCUCCAUCGCACCGCGGACAAACGCAGCCCUGGGCUUUGCUCAGAUGCUUCCAAGAGACCAGCACCUCUUCACCAAGGAGCAGCUGUUCGAGCGGAUGUGCAUGGCCUUGGGUGGCCGCGUGUCGGAAUCCAUCUCCUUCAACAAGGUCACUUCUGGGGCUCAGGACGACCUGAGGAAGGUCACGCGCAUCGCCUACUCCAUGGUGAGGCAGUUUGGCAUGGCCCCAAGCAUCGGGCCCGUGUCCUUUCCCGAGGCGCAGGAGGGACUCACGGGAGUUGGACGGCGUCCCUUCAGCCAGGGCCUCCAGCAGAUGAUGGAUCACGAAGCCAAAGUGCUGGUGGCAAAGGCCCACAGGCACACGGAGAAGGUGCUGCGGGACAACCAGGACAAGCUACAGGCGCUGGCAAAUGCCCUGUUGGAGAAGGAAGUGAUAAACUACGAGGAUAUCGAGGCCCUCAUCGGUCCGCCCCCUCACGGGCCCAAGAAGAUGAUCGCGCCUCAAAGGUGGAGUGAGGCCGAGAGGGAGAAGCAAGACGCCGGGGAGGAGGAGGCGCCUCAGCAGCCCCCACUUCGCGGGGAGGAGCCAUCUUGGCCCAAAUAGACCGGCCUCCUGGAUUGUGCCUCGACUGUGCCGUGGGGAUGCGGCGUCCCCCGCAGACCCAGGAAGGGAACGCCUCACUGAGUGCCCCGCCCCUGCUGUUCCUCUUUUGCCCAGACUGGUACCCCCUCCCAGCCCUCACUGGUCUCUGAAAAGACUUCUGAGAUCUAUUUAUUGACUGCCCUCCCGGUGAGAGGUAAACGUUUUUGCAGAUGA